AUGGAGUCACGCAAACUACCUCAGUUAAUGGAAUUCCCUCCAGUGAUUUGGCCAUCACUUAUAAAGUACAUUAAAAAUUGGAUGUUUGCUAACUUUAUCAUAAGGCCCUAUUUUGAUCAAGAUUUUAGUCUUAGCGACUUUAUUGAAGCAUCCAAACAUGCUGUUCAGGUUGUUUCAGAAUGUCUUCAAAAGAGUGAUUUUAAGACACUUGAGGGAUUAGUAGAGAAGGAAGCAAUAGCAGCUCUUAAAAACGCAAUAUCCAGCCUUUCAGUGUCACAAAGACAAAUGUUAGCUAUUGAUAAAGAAGAUAUAUUUUAUGCUUUUCCUUAUCAGGUAGGUGUUAUGUUUGAUGACUCAGAUAAGCGCUGGGUAGAAAUAACAAUGUGUUAUCAUGUGCUGAAAGGAAUGAAGCAAAUGCAAGAGUCCGGUGAGGUACCACCAAUCUCAUUGGGAGUACAGCCUGAGUUUCAAGACAAAAUAUUCAUACUUAACUACAGAUUUAUAAGGGAAUUUACAAAGGGUGUUGAGGACAGUUGGUGGGUUAAUAUUGUAAACCAUUUCCAACCACAGUCCAUUGCAAAGAAGUCAUUU